AUGGAGCCCCCGGACGCCGUGGCCGGGGCGCGCCGGGCCUCGCGGCUGCUGCUCCUAACACUGCUACUUGGGACGCGCCCAGGUGCUGAGGCUGAGCUGCAUGUGUCCGUGCCCCCACUUGUGGAGGUGAUGCGAGGGGAAUCUGUCACUCUGGACUGCAGCCCCUCUGGGGACCACGACCAUUAUGAGCUGGAAUGGUUUCUGACAGACCGCUCCGGGGCCCGCCACCUCCUGGCCUCAGCCCAGCUUCAGGGCUCCGAGCUACAGAGCACCAUGCAUGACACACCGGCUCGCAGGCCCCCGUACCAGCUGGACUCUCGGGGACGCCUGGUGUUGGCCAAGACCCAAGUGGCCGAUGAGCGGGACUAUGUGUGUGUGCUGAAGGCUGGGGCGGCGGGCACUGCUGAGGCCACAGCCCGGCUCCGCGUCUUUGCUAAACCAGAGACCACGGAGGUUGAGCCCAACAAAGGGACACUGUCAGUGAUGGAAGACUCAGCACAGCAGAUCGCCACCUGCCUCAGCCGGAAUGGGAACCCAGUCCCCCAGAUCAAGUGGUAUCGGAAUGGAAAGCUCCUGGAGGUGCCCACGGAGGUGAACCAGGAUGGCUACACAGCCAGCCGCACCACUCGGGAGGCCUCGGGCCUGCAGUCCCUCACCAGUGUCCUGUACCUGCGGCUCCACAAAGCUGACCGGGAUGCCAACUUCUACUGUGCUGCUCAGUACAGCCAGCCCCAGGGCCACCUCGGCCACCUGGACAGCCCUGCCUUCCACCUCACCCUGCACUAUCCCACAGAGAAGGUGCAAUUCUGGCGAGCCAGCCCAUCAACCACAGAGGGCUGGGUACGAGAGGGUGACACGGUCCAGCUGCUCUGUCGGGGGGAUGGCAGCCCCAACCCGGAGUACACCUUUUUCCGUCUUCAGAACCAGCAGGAGAAAGUGCUGAAUACCAGCCUCAAUGGGAACUUGACCCUGGAGGGCGUGCGACGGGGCCAGAGUGGCACCUACGGCUGCAGGGUGGAAGACUAUGAUGCCCCCGAUGACGCAGAACUUUCCCAGACCCUGGAGCUGCGUGUGGCCUACCUGGAUCCACUGGAGCUCAGCGUGGAAAAAGAUCAUUCCAUGCUACUGGGUAGCAGCGUAGGUGUGAACUGCUCUGUCCGAGGCCUGCCCACGCCUGUCCUGCACUGGAGCAAGGACUCGGCUCCCCUGGGAGAUGGCCCCAUGCUUUUGCUCAACUCUGUCACUUUCGACUCUGCUGGUACCUACGUAUGUGAGGCCUCCAUGUCUACAGUGCCCCUCUUGAGCCGCACGCAGAGCUUCAGGCUGCUGGUCCAAGGAUCACCAGAGCUGUGGGCUGAAGAGACACAGCCCAAAGGCGAGGGCAGCUGGCAGGAAGGAGAUGAAGUCAAGUUGAUCUGCUCUGCCCGGGGUUACCCAGAGCCCAAACUCACCUGGAGCCAGCUGGGCAGCAGUCCAGCAGAGCCGGCCCCUGGAAGGCAGGGCUGGGUGAGCAGCUCCCUCACCCUGAAGGUGACCAGCGCCCUGAGCAGAGACGGUGUUUUCUGUGAGGCCUCCAACCCCCAUGGGAAUGCUCGGCACGUCUUCCACUUUGGUGCCGUGGCCCCCCAGACUGCCCAGGCAGGAGUGGCUGUCAUGGCUGUGGUCGUCAGUGUGGGUCUCCUGCUCCUGGUUGUUGCCACCUUCUAUUGCAUGAGACGUAAGGGACGUCCUGGCUGCUGCCGGCGCGGAGAGAAAGGGGCGCCGUGA